GACUGGAUUUCUUCCAUCCUGGACAAAGCAAAGCUCCCUAUCUCCAUCUACACUGCCCACAAGAAGGAGCUGGAACUCUUGAUGCCUAUUAGAGAAAUGGGAUUAAGUUGAGUGGAUGCUGUUCCCAGAAAUAUCUCUGCUCAGUUACAGGCGUUCCAAAGGGAUGUUCCUGCUGAUCCAAGACCACCCAGUUGUGUGCAGGACUCCACACCGGGGAUAGGGACAUGGGACUCCUCCUGCCAGCUCCCAGAUGGUUCAUUCCAACUGACAUCCUGCUCGACAGCUGGGGAAAGGAACUUCGGAUUAGUCUGCUUUAUCCUCGUGGAAGACCUCAAUCCCCAAACUGUAGGACAUAUCAGGUUCCCUAUUUCUUGUAGAAUUUUAAAAUAACCUUUUCUAAUGAGGAUGUCUGAUAUUCUCACUGUAAAAGAUGAAACUGAUGCAAUGAAGGGUUCAGAAGCUGAAUUUAAAGACACAGACCCCAUUGAAAACCUCCUAAAAUCAGGAAGUCAGGAGCAGAUCCCAGCGGAGAAGGAUGAGAACUGUCCUGAUAACAAGAACAAUAUGCCGCGGCCCCUGCAGUCCUUUGGACAGGCAGCAAAGAGGUCCAAGUCAAACACAAAGUUAAAGUUAGUUCGGAGCCUUGCUGUAUGUGAAGAGUAUCCACCACCUCCCACAGCUGAAAUAUCACAGGACCUCCAGGAGAAAAUUCAGAUCCAGUUGUCACAGUCCUUUGAAAAAGAAGAAAAACCUGCAAAAGAUGAAUCAGAAAAGGAAAAAUCCAGUGAUAAACUGUCCAGAAAAAUGUUAUCAAGAGAUUCCAGCCAAGAAUAUACAGAUUCCACUGGUAUAGAUCUUCACGAGUUUUUAGUAAAUACAUUAAAAAACAAUCCCAGGGACAGAAUGAUGCUGCUGAAAUUAGAACAGGAAAUUUUAGAUUUCAUUGGUAAUAAUGAAGUUCCAAGAAAAAAGUUUCCCCCAAUGACAUCUUACCAUAGAAUGCUGUUGCACAGGGUAGCUGCUUACUUUGGAUUAGAGCACAACGUGGACCAGAGUGGGAAGUCAGUCAUAGUAAAUAAAACUAGCAAUACAAGAAUACCUGACCAAAAGUUCUGUGAGCACAUAAAGGACGAGAAGAGCGAUGACUUCCAGAAGCGGUACAUCCUCAAAAGAGACAACUCCAGUUUAGACAAAGAUGACAACCAGAUGAGGAUACGAUUAAAAGAUGACAGAAGAAGUAAAUCCAUAGAAGAACGUGAAGAGGAGUAUCAGAGAGCUAGAGAAAGAAUAUUUGCACAAGAUUCCCUGUGUUCCCAAGAGAAUUAUUUCACUGACAAAAGAAUCCAGGAGGAAGAAGCUAAUAGUACACAGCAAAGAAGACAGAUACUUAGGAUCAAUAAGGAGACAUCGGGGAGAUCGACCAACAGCCACCAGAGCAGCACUGAGAACGAGCUGAAGUGCUGCGAGCCCCGGCCCUGGAGCAGCACCGACUCCGACAGCUCCCUGCGCAACCUGAAGCCGGCGGUGACCAAAGCCAGCAGCUUCAGUGGCAUCUCGGUGCUCACCAGGGGAGACAGCUCUGGCAGCAGCAAGAGCACGGGCAGGCUGUCCAAGACAGGUUCAGAGUCUUCUAGUAGUGUAGGGUCCUCCACGGGUUCUCUUUCCCACAGCCAGCAGCCUGUCCCGGUGCCAGCUCUAAGCCAGCCCUCUGCUGGCACUCCUGCCGUCUAUCCAGCUGCCAGCACUGGUAACUCCCUUGCCUUUGAUGGUGGCAUGAGUGGCCAAGUGGCACCUGCUGGCAGUAGCUUCUUUCUGCUUCCCUUGGAAGCGGCGGGCAUCCCGCCGGGCAGCGUGCUGGUCAACCCCCAAACAGGGCAGCCGUUCCUGAACCCCGACGGCACUCCAGUGGUGUACAAUCCUCCUCUGCCUCAGCAGCCUGCUCGGCCCCAAGUGCCUGGAGCUCCCCAGCAGCCUCCUCUGCCCAGCCCGGCCCAGCCCCAGCCCCCGGCCAACCCCGUCCUCUCACAGCCUCUGCGGGCUCUGCAGCCCUCGCAGCCUGUCCAGUACUCCGCAGUGUCCUUCCCACCCCCGCUCCUGCCAGCCUCCUCCACACAGCAAUACUCUGUGCAAGACAACCUGGGAUCCCAGUUCAGCCACCUGAGCCUGGCCCGGCAGCCCCCGGCGGAGGCAGCGGAGCCUCCCAGUGCCCUGUUCCAGUCCACGGUGGUGCUGCAGCCCCCCCAGCAGCCCGGCUACAUCCUCACAGCUGCUCCACCCCCUCCUCCCUCUGGCCAGCCCGUGUCUGCCCCGGGCUACUCCUCCAGCCACGCCGUCAGCCAGCCCGUGCUCCAGCAGCAGGGAUACGUGCAGCAGCCUGUGCCACAGAUGGCAGCGUGUUACUGUGCCCCCGGGCAGUACCCUCACUCCAGCCCCCAGUACCGGCCCGUGGCCGUGCACUACAACGCGCAGCAGAACCAGCCCCUGGCACAGCCCGCCCAGCAGACAGGUUACCAGAUUUUGCCCAACCAGCAGCAAAACUACCAGGGUUUAGUUGGAGUUCAGCAGUCUCAGAAUCAAAAUCUAGUCAGUGGCCAACACAACAACGUUGGGAAUCAAAUUCAAGGUGUGAUUGUUCCAUAUCCUUCAGUGCCAUCUUACCAGGUUUCGGUGCCUCAAGGUUCCCAAGCAGUGCCCCAGCAGACGUAUCAGCAGCCUGUCAUCAUUCCCAGCCAGUCCAACCAAGGAUUGCCCACCACAGGAAUGCCAGUUUACUACAGUGUCAUUCCAUCAGGUCAACAGAACAAUUUAAGUUCAUCAGUAGGAUAUUUGCAGCCUCCUGGAUCGGAGCAGAUGCAGUUUCCUAGAACAACAUCACCCUGCAACUCCCAGCAGCUCCAAGGACAGCAGUGUGCAGUUUAUAGCAACCACUCAAGUCAGAAGCCAUCACCUCCUACAUUAUUGCCACCUUCAUCCAAGUCAAAGCCACAACAGGCUGCUUCCCUUGUGCACUACAGCAUAGUGUCUCCACCCUCAUCAUGUAAAAGCUCACCCACUGCUCUGUCCAUCAUGCAGCCAAAAAAAGCGGUAGCGCCCCCUCCAGGCGGGGGGGUGGUGAUGAUGCAGCUCAACAUCCCCAGCAAUGCCCAGCCCCGGAACCCGUCCCCUCCGCAGAGGAAGCACAGCAAGUACUACUGUGACCACCCCCGGGGGCACAAGGCCACGGAACUCAGCACUUUAGACGGUGCUGCUCAGUUGCAGCACAGUCCUCAACUAGGCAGUCCUGUCACCUCACCGGCGCAGUCACCAGCACCAGCUCAGCUGUCCAACAUGAAGAACAUCCGUCCCACCUUAACACCUCUUUCUAUUGUGUCCCAGUUUUCUAGACCUUUUGUCCCUGCACAAGAUGCCAGAUACCCAUUGCUUGGCCAACCCCUGCAAUACAAUCCAUCUUUAUUACGAGGACAAGUAACAAGCCAACAGUGUCAGCCUGGGAACAGACAUGGGAACAGGGGAAAGAAACCAGCAAAGAAGGCUGCUUCAACAGACCUUGGGGCAGGAGAACCAGCUGCGGGGAAAGUGCUCGAAAUUACUGAGCUGCCGGAGGGCAUCACGCGGCUGGAGGCCGAGAAGCUCUUUGGGGACCUGCUGAAGGCGGGGGCGCAGAUCCGGUGGGUGCGGGACGCGCAGUGCCCGCGCUCGCAGCCCCAGCAGCGCCGCUCGGCCGGGGACGAGCCGGGCAAGCCCAGUGACUUGGCCUCCACCUACACCGUCCUGGCCGCCUUCCCCAGCGCGGCGGCGGCGCAGAGCGCGCUGAAGAGGCAGAGCGGUACCUCAGUGGGCAAGUUCAGGCUGAGGAGCAGCAAGAAGCACCACGAGCUGCACGGCCUGGAGAGGGCCAGCUCUCAGUAGCAGUUCCACCGCGGACACUCGGCCGUUCCUGCUUCCGUGUUCCCCCGCCCUGCGUUGGGUCGAUGUCACGGGGUCUCUGUUCCCUGCACGGAGACUCCUGGGAUGUCUCGUCUCACGACAUCUGCCGCUGAAGAAUGAAUUCCUGGUGAAUGCAGCAAGAUGAAGAAGAAAAGUUCCAGAGUUAAUCCCGGACAAUAGCAAGGAAUCAUCUUGGCGACAGGCAGCUUUCCAUGAGGAAUGCUGUGGAAAUGCCCCCUACUUUUAUAGUAGUUUUGUUUUAUAUUUUUGAAAUCUUGUAUCAGAUCCAAAGUUCUAUUGUACAGCAGAUGUUCAUAAAAAUCCAUAUGCAGAUUUGUAUUUUAUAAUCCCUUUUCACAGCCAGCACACAGCUGUCCAUUCCAAGGCAGGAACCUGAGGAUUGGUGGAGGGGAAAAGAGAACCAUUUUCAAGGAAUUACAUUCAUUUUCUAGCAAACUACCCCAAAUCUUCAAGUUAACCUGUUCUUCGUCCCUUGUGGUUUCCUUUUUCUUUUUCUUUGGGUUUUUUUUAAGGAAAAAAAAAUACCCUCUCAGUAACUAACUCCUUAGGUGUCAUUUUCCUUUGCAACUCACUCAAACAAUGUCAAAAGAAAUUACAAUGUUGUACCCUUGAAGGAUUUGCUUCUGAUCCAGCAAGUUUUAAUAAUCAUUUAAAGGGGAAUAUGAAUGGGUUCUAAAGAAUGUUCACUGAAUCACAUUUUAAUAUUUCUUUUUAGCAAAAGUGUGAAGAAACUAAAAUGUAUCUUCACAAGUGACAAAAUGUUUGCACUUUAAUUGUGUCCCCACCAGUAUGGCUCUCUCUCUCUCUUCCUUUUCACGCUAAGAUAAUUGUGUUUGAUAAGUGCUGGAAACCUUUUUAAUGGUUUAAGUUUUCAUCAUUUGCAGAUGCUCACUGGACAUGAAAGAUUCAUUGCACAUAAAUGAAACAAACCUUUUUUCAAUCUGUGUAAUUUGCAAGUCUGUACAAUGUGUGCUGAUGCAAGCCUUUUUCAGUUCAAGAGAAUAAAUGUUUACAAACACAAACCUUCCCAGUGCACUUGUUUAAACUUCUGGGAGCCUUCUGAGACCUGGAUGAACUCACAUCAAUACUUGGGACCCCUUCAAAUGUGAGAAAAGGACUUUAAAAUACUAGAAUCUUUUAAAGAACCCCUGUUGCUGUUCCUCCUCUUGAGUCUAUGUUAUCCUGCCCUCCAUCAUUUUUAAAUGUUUCCCUAUGUAAGUAAAAAAGAGAAAUUAUUCAGAUGCCCUAAGGGACUGCUCCUGGUUUUAUUUUUUAGCUCAGGCACUGGUUUGCUGCUGUAACUACUUGUUCAUUUCUUAAGGCUCUUGCUUUGUAAAAGGUGCAUUUGUAACUUCUGAAAGUGGGAACUCAAGAUAAACGUUGUGUUUAAAAACAUUUCACAGAGCAAAGGUAAAGAAUUAAGGUGCAAUAAUUUUCAUCUUUUAUACAAAAAAAUCCUAUCCCUGAGCGACCAAGCAAUCGUGAAGUGACAAGGACAGUCCUCUGCAUGUUCAACUCCUGAGUCCUUCAGGUGAAGUACCUGGAGGAAAGAUGAGAUACCUGAGCUGUCUGGGCAUGAUGCAGCCUCACAAACUGGGUUAUGAGACUUGAUUGUGGAAAAUGCUGUAACAACAGGUACUGACGUGACUGAAGGUAACUCAACUCAGAUCCUCCUCUGAAACAGAGGGGGAAUGUUGAGCUUCCAGCCCUGGCUGCUCUCCUAAAAGGAUGGCACUUGGCAUGAGAGUUCCUGCCUGCUGAGGGAUGUGUGUGUUGUUCCUGCAGGACUGCUGGAGUUCACUGCUCCCAGAGCCAAGGAUGGAAGAGCCCCAGCUUAUGCAGUUCCCCUGCUCUGAACAACAGAGGAACAUGCCCACGUUCUGGAGCUCCCUCUUGCUGAUUGCCAGCGCCAGUUCCAGAUGAUGUUUUAAUCCUGUAAAAGUAGCCCACAGGUGACAGGUGUGCAGUGACAGGUGUCCCAGCCCAGCAGGGCAGCUCCUCACAUAGUUAGCACAUUCCACAAGAUUUUUCCUAGGUGGAGAAGGAAACAGCCCAAGAACUAAACCUUGCACCAAAUGGAACUGUUGCUGAGUGCUGCAUGACUUGCUUCAUUGCAUAAACUUUGCCCAUAACAGCCAGAGAAGAAAAGGUAAGGCGAGGGAAGCAUGGAGAAUGUAAUCCCAGCAGUGGGAGGGAUGCACUGAUUGGGAACAAGGCCCAGGAAAUAUUUAAUUUUUAUCAAGUAAGUGGUAAACUUGAGUGCAAAUUGCCCUAGAAGAAAAAGUUGGAACAUUUCGUAAACCAGUUGUGCUCUAAUCCAGAAUGUGAUCCUUUCCAUUCCUACGAGCUGCUCACCCUUUCUGAGGGUGUUUUCCUCUGUGUCACACAGGGACAGUGACUUUUUUGGGGCUGAUCUGGCUGUGCUCUACAAACCACACAGGUAUCAUUAACAGAAGUGUCAGAGGCUUCUGCUGUCUACGGGGGGCACAGAAUUCACGUAUUCCCGCUUUCCAGUGUUGUUUAUUCCUGAUUUUGUGCUGUUUCCUGCUGUCUCAAGUGAACAGGAUGUUUGUACCUUCCUGGUCCCUCGGUCAGGACUAUGUGCAAAACCCCUGGAACUGCAUUUGUUCCACAGGUUUGGAUUAUGGUCUAGAAAGCAAAUAAAUGAACUUUUAUGGCAUGAAUUUGCCAUAUGUAAAACAUUCCCGAGUGUUCCCAACAACUCCUCUGGUGCUGUGGUGUAUUUGAACUGCCUGUCAUUAACAUCAAAUAGUGGCAAAAGGAAUGAAGUGGGGACUUGUAUUGCAGCAAUACAAUGUGUUUUAUUUUACUGGGAACAUGUUAUAACUUUUAAAUCUAAGGGAAAGCACUUGCAUAAGCAGAAAAGAUCAACAAAUACAGCUUUUACCUCAUCCACCAAAGGCUACUGUUUCUUGAUUUUAAUUUUUAAUUAACACUGUGAUAUUGUAAAAUGCAUCCCUGGACUGUGAACAUCCCGUGUCAUUUGUGCUGUUACAGCCAAAAAGAUAAUUCAAAAUUAAGAAAAUAAAUGUAAGUCCCAUGCUCUGCAGGCUCCUCAGAGCACAUGGACCUGAUGCUGGAUUUGGGUAGAUGAUGAUAUCACGCCUGAAUCUCCUCACAGCAACCAAAAGGGAGUCAAAAUUACAACUAGUUUCUUUUCUAAAUGAUUCUUUAGCUCCACGAUAUAUUUUUUCCAUAGAAAUUGGUGCAGGCUUAGAGUUCCUGUAUUGAGCCCUGAGGCAAAGAAUGCUAAGAUGAAGCUUUGGAGAAAACUGACCAAAACACUUUUCUGUUACAGGUCAUGAAAAAUCAUUGUGGCUGCAAUUUUUAUACAUUUCUAACUAUGAAAGGACUCAUUUCCAUCCCUUCAACAUUUCUACAGCUCAGUCUUCAUGAAGGUUGUGUCUGCACUUGGGAAGAGAAGCUGAUGUCAGAUAAGUGCUCUGAUAGUUACCACAUGGAUUUACACAGCCUGGGAAAUACAUCAGACCCUGACUCCAUGGCUACUCAAAUUUGUUGCCUUCUCACUUGGCCUGAACUGAUACUUUGAUUUGUUAAUGAACCAUUGAUUCAGGGUGAAGCAGCAGGACAACUGAAAACAGGAGUUCACUAAUAAAAACAUUUCCUUCUUAAA